CACCAAAUUUGGCCAAAGGAGGCUUGCUGCAAAAUCUUACUUUAGGAUACAAUAAUUUCCAAGGUCCCAUUCCGAUAAGUUUGAAAAAUUCAACAAACCUAGUCAGGGUCCGGCUUGAAAGAAACCAAUUCACUGGAGAUGUCUCUGAAAGCUUUGGUGUUCAUCUGCACUUGGAUUAUAUUGAUCUAAGCUUUAACAGAUUGUCUGGCACUUUAUCACCAUCUUGGGGAGCAUGCCUCAACUUGACAAGCCUUAGAAUCUCAGGCAACAGAAUCAGCGGAAUAAUGCCCUUGGAAAUUGGGCUAUUGCCAAAGUUGCGACGAUUUGACAUCUCUUCCAAUAAUAUGGAGGGAAAGAUCCCAAGAGAGUUUGGUAAAUUAUCUAGUAUAUUUGACCUAAACAUGAGCAACAAUCAUCUCACGGGAACCAUACCACCAGAAUUUGGAGAUCUAUCUUCAUUAGAAGCUCUUGAUUUGUCAAGCAACAAUUUGAGAGGAGAAAUACCAAUUUGGUUGGAGAAUUGCAUUAAAUUGCACUCUCUCAAGUUGAGCAAUAACAAACUAGGUGGAGUGAUUCCUUCUCAACUUGGUAACUUGAAUUUACAUGAAGUUCUAGACUUGAGUGACAAUUUAUUCACAGGAGGAAUACCACCACAACUUGGCAAUUUGAUGAUGUUGCAAGAGUUGAAUUUAUCACAUAACAAGUUGGUUGGUGGCAUUCCAUCUUCUUUUCAAUUAAUGAUAGGCUUAACAUCAUUGGAUUUAUCUUAUAAUUCUCUGGAAGGUCCAGUUCCAAAGAAUCAUUUUUUUCAAGCAGCUCCCCUUCAGUGGUUUACCCACAAUAAGGGCUUAUGUGGUCAAGUGCAUGGACUACCUCCAUGUCCUCAAUCGUCGUUAGAAAGUAGAGAUAAUGCAGAAAAACAUCACACAAUCGUUAUCUUGAUUGUUCUUUUAAUAUUCAGUAUCUUAUUUUUGAUAAUUGGAGUAUUCACAUUACUUUAUUAUAAGAGAACGAAGUCCAAUACAAAUGACACAAGUGAAGAAUUUGAUGAACACUUCUUCUCCAUUUGGGGAGUCAAUCAUGGAAAGGAAGCAUACAAAGAGAUUAUAAGAGCGACAAAAAAUUUUGAUGAGAAGUAUCAAAUCGGUACUGGAGCUUGUAGCAUAGUCUAUAAAGCAACAAUAUCACCAGGAGUGACACUUGCUAUCAAGAAAAUUCAAGAAGAAGAAGAAGCCCAAGAGAAUAAGCAAGCUUUUCAAAAUGAAAUACAAGCAUUAACUAAAAUUCGGCAUCGGAAUAUUGUGGGUUUUCAUGGUUUUUGCUCUACUAAUAAAUUCAGUUUUCUUGCAUAUGAAUAUAUGGAGAGAGGAAGCCUGUGUGCCACUCUAAGAUCUGAGAAAGGAGCAAUGGAGUUGGAUUGGAUCAAGAGAGUCAGCAUUGUACAAGACAUUGCUCAAGCUUUAUCUUACUUACAUCAUGAUUGUAAUCCACCUAUCAUUCAUCGAGACAUAACGAGCAACAAUAUUCUUUUGGAUGAAGAGUACAAGGCUUGUGUUGCAGACUUUGGUAUUUCUCGACUAUUAAAACCUAAUUCAUCACAUUGGAGUUUGCUUGCGGGCACAUAUGGGUACAUGGCACCAGAGCUUGCCUAUGCCAUGAGAGUGACUGAAAAAUGUGAUGUAUAUAGUUUCGGAAUUGUAGCACUUGAAGUGAUAUGUGGAACGCAUCCUGGGGAUCUCCUAAGCAACUUAUCAUUGAGUAUGCUAGUGAAAGAUAUUCUUGAUCCACGGCUUCCCCUUCCCCUUCAUAUAGCUGAUCAAGUGACCAUGAAUCAAGUGCUUUUUGUGAUUUUAAUAGCAAUGCAUUGCAUCAACACUGAUCCACAGGCUCGCCCUACAAUGCGACAAGUAUCUGAAAGAUUGUUUUCUCCGAAGUCUUGGCCAACAUUUGACAUCUUCUCUUUUCAAGCACUUACCCUUCAUCACCUCAUAAACAUUGUGCAAACACAUAUUGAUGAUCAAGUGCUUGAAUAA